AUGCAAGGGUUUUCCGAGACCGGUUCAGGCAGCUCUGAACCAGAAGACUUGUCUAAAGACUAUAAGAGAACCAAAGGAAGCAGACGCUAUGUUCCUCAGAAGAAUUCUGUAGCAUAUGCAUUGUUGAUUACACUUUACAGGCCAGAUAAGGGAAAGGGAAAAGCUGGACGCUUUGGGAGUUCUGCAAGGGAGUGGUAUAGUGGAUGGUCCUGCAUGAGGACAUUGGUAACCAAGGGGCUGGUUAUCAAAUCAAGUUGCCCAGCAAAGUACAUGCUUAGUCAAGAAGGUCAGGAAGCUGCACGUGAAUGUCUCAUGAGGUCCGGUAUGGAAAACCCCAUUGAAAAAACUGCUAAUGCCAAAGUGCUUUCUGUUCUGGAUGUGGACAAUAUUUCACAUCAGGAGCUUGCUCAUCCUGACUCAUCCACAGAAAUGAUAUUGUUAUCCACUGCUGUGAGUAGGAAGAAGAAAUCAUUUGAUAUUCCACAGCUGUACAUUGAGAAGAGUCAUCAUGUGCCAAAGUCUAGAUCAGAUGGUUUCAAAGCAAGUUCGAAUGUCUCUUCCUUGCCACCUCUAAGCUUUGGGGAGAGAUUUGAAGAUGCAUAUGAAGUGAUCUUGAUUUUGGAUGAUCGAGAGCAAUUUGCCACUCGGGGAUCACGACCUGGGAGAAUAAUUGAGAAUGUUCGUACUCAAUUCAAAAUCAAAAUAGAGGUUAGGAGGUUACCAGUUGGAGAUGGAAUCUGGAUAGCUCGUCAUAAACAUCUUGAGAGCGAAUAUGUACUUAAUUUUAUUGUUGAGAGGAAGAAAGUUGAUGAUUUACGUUGUUCAAUCAGAGACAACCGUUACAGGGAUCAGAAACUGAGGCUUAUGAGGUGUGGACUUAAGAAACUGAUAUAUCUUCUGGAAGGCGAUCCAAAUUGUUCUGAAGCUGCAGAAAGCAUUAAAACAGCCUGUUUCACAACUGAAAUUUUGGAGGGAUUUGAUGUUCAGAGAACCAUUGGCUUGGCUGAUACACUGAAGAAGUAUGUUUAUCUUACUCAAGCAAUAACUCAAUACUACAAAUCAGAGUAUUCUGGGGAACAACAUAGACAUACCGGGAUUUGCCCCUCUUUCGAUGAAUUUAUCAAAAGGUGUGAAGACCUGGAUAAAAUGACAGUCAGCGAUGUAUUUGCCAUUCAGCUCAUGCAGGUCCCCCAGGUAACUGAGGAAGUUGCCUUAGCGGUUCUGGAUUUGUACCCGACGCUUUCAUCUCUUGCCCGUGCCUACUCUCUACUUGAGGGUGACGUGGCUGCACAAGAGGAGAUGCUUAGAACACAGAGCAACAAUGUUGUCAAUGCGGGUGCUAGUAAAAAUAUUUUUCACUUGGUUUGGGGCAAUUGA